AACAGUUUUGCGGUUGACGAGUGUGUUAAAUAGAACCUACUCAGUUUGUCACUGGGCACUUCAAAGUCGCAGCACUUCGAUGACUGUCUAGUUUAAAUCCUGUCGCAUUUAAAAAAAUAUAUAAUAAUCUUGCCAAUUUAAUUUAAUAAAACUAAAGUAAAAAAAUGCCUACAAAUAAUCAAAACCAAAAUAAUCAAAAUGGUCCAACUGCAAUGCAAACGUUACAAGUUUUUCUCGAAUUUUUCUGGGUGUUGAUCCAAUUGACUUAUUUUAAUAUCGAAGCGAUUGUGAGAUGGUUUGUUCCACCACCGAAAAAAUCAGUUAACGGUGAAAUUGUUUUGGUAACUGGCGCUGGUCAUGGUAUAGGAAAAGAAUUUGCGAUGCAAUACGCCGCAUUAGGUGCAACCGUCAUCGCUUGGGACGUAAAUGAACAAAACAACUUGAAAACUGUUAAAGAAAUCAAUCGGUUGGGUUACCCAAAAGCCUAUAGCUACGUAUGCGAUGUUUCUAAUCGCGAAAAAGUUUUUGAGACCGUCGAAAAGGUUCGAAAAGAUGUUGGGGACAUCACAAUUAUUGUCAACAAUGCUGGAAUUAUGCCCACGCACUCUUUACUUGAGCACACUCAAAAAGAAAUUGAAGCUAUUUUUGAUAUAAAUGUUUUAGGACAUUUUUGGAUAAUUCAAGCAAUUAUGCCAAGUAUGUUAAAAAGGAAUCAUGGUCACAUUGUAUCGAUAUCAUCGUGUGCUGGAUUGAGUGGUUUAGAAAAUUUAGUACCAUAUUGUGCUAGUAAAUUCGCAGUUCGAGGUUAUAUGGAAGCGUUGCGAAUGGAGCUGGAAUUAAUCCCGAAUUGCCAGGUCAAAUUGACGACGAUUUAUCCGUAUAUGGUCGAUACAGGAUUGUGUAAAAAGCCGAUAAUUCGAUUUGCAGAAGCUAUGACGAUGCUGACGCCUUACGAAGUAGCCGCAACAGCUAUAGACGGUCAAAUGAGAGGUGUGCGUCACGUUUCUGUACCCAGAUUGUAUUGGUACAUGAACAAUUAUUUUAGAAUGAAUGCCGAGAAAGGUAUGAAAGCCAUGAAGGAAUUUUUAGGGGUCAGCUUAGGAUCGGAUUUAUCCUAAAUUAAUACUUUUUAUACCAUAAAAAUAAAGUA